ACGGCAGAAGAAGCAGCUACUCUCGCAGAGGUCUUCAGAUCAGCCAGGAGGGGGAGCUGGAGCACCUAUGCUGGCCAAGAGACUCAUUAUGCCCAACCAAUCUGAAGAUGCCUCCCAGGAAAACGAUGACACCAUCGAAGCAGACGUCAGCUGUGGCUUCAAAGAUCAAAAACAAAAUUAUCAACACCUCCUCCUUCUUCAAGGUCUCCCUGAAGACCAACAACAAGGCCCUGGCUCUCGCUCUGCAGGCCCAAAAGGAGAAGAGCAGGCAGCUUGAGAUGGAGGUGGUGCUCCUGCAAAAACAGGUCAAAGAUCUCUGCUUCCAGCUGGCUACCAAGAAACACAACCAAAGGAAACUGAUGCUCAUCUUGAAAAAUCUCCAUAAUAACACUCUACAGCAGCUGGACAUGAUGGCACAACUAGUUUCUGAUGACGAUUCUCCAAGACUGUCAGAGGGCUGCCACUACCCAACAGAUAAAAACAAAGAGAACGAUGCAGCAGCGCGGAGGCCUGAAAUGUUAAGGAAUCUUUUCUGUCACAACAAAAACAUAGAAGCUACACCAGGUCUGCUCAAAGGAAACCCUCAUCUGGAUGUUUUAAGUGCCCUAACCAGAUGCAGCAACUCCUCUGAUAUUUUUCAUGAAAACGCAGAGGAAAGGCGUUUCAGUCAACGUGUUCAACCCACUCAGACUUCACUCUCAGACAGGAGUGAAGUGGAGCGCCUGUCCCAGUCCAGCUCUCAAAUAAACUCUGUCCUCUGUCCUCAGCACAAUCAAACGCAUGGAAACUCCACAACAUCCCUUUCUAGUGACGUAAACGCUCCAAGUGUGUCAGCCUCAGAAGUUGAGUCUCAGUUAGCAAGAACUGACAAUACAGUGCUUCUCAAUACGUCAAUGGAGAUUACAUUGAGUAACGCAGUUGAAAUUGUCACCGUGGAAACCAAAGCCAAGAAGAAAGGUCCUUCCUGUGAGACAAAAGGCACAGAGAGUCAACAGGUGGGUUCCAGUCCAGAUGUCCAGAAUGGUUUCAACCACAGACCAAAUAAGGAACCUGUGAAAAUUUCUACUCAGAAAAAUAAACCAGAAGAUAAAGACUCAAGAGUUCUUGAGGUACAGUUACCGAAAAAACGCGGCAACAAUAUGAAAGCAUCUCGCAUCCCCAAGCUUGCCAGUCACCAGAAGACAUCCAAGAGCGAUACUGACAGCUGUGACACUGUCUCACAAGAUUUAAAUAAUUAUUUUUCCAAUUCUAAAGUUACCUUGUUGAAGGCUGGGGGCAGUGAACCUGAAGAAGGUUCACCAAGUUCUAAAAUCACCUACAAACGUUCGAGAACUAAAGUAAGGAGGCGCUCUAUGGUCAUUCAAAAGACCUCGUCAGUCCGUCUGCCUCAUGAUGACGAGAGCCAACAGUCCAAACCGGAGAAGGUCCAUGAUGAAGAGGAAGCAGAAAAAACAGAGCCACCUCCACCAUAUGAAUACAUAUUCCAUCCAGUGGAGGAGGCAGGUCUCGGGUCAGAGGAGAAUCAGCCUCCUGCAGCCAGGAGGAAAACGCAGAACAGGCCGAGAUGCAGAGAAACUUUUGUCAUCUCUCUUUCUAGGAACAGUAACUCGCUGGGUCUGGAUUGUGACAUGAUGCUUCCUGGAGAGCCCCACUGCCCAGCUGAGGAGCUGCUAGACGAUCUGUCUCAGAGUUCUGGAUAUUUCCAGGCAAAUCAGCAAACAGAGACCAACAGCACUUCAAAGCGCCCUCUGGUGGAAACAUCAAAGCAUAACAUGGAAGUCCUGCCAGCAGAUGAAUGUGACCGUUCAGAGAACCCAACAUCUAAAAAAUCCAGACGAGACGAAGCAGGAGGUUCCAGGAACAGGAUGAUAUCGUCACUGGGGAAAUAUGCUGAUGGUUACGACUCCAGGCGAAAGAGAAAAACAAGGAAAAGCAGUAAAAAGGUUUUAUCUGAAGAUGAAUCUGGUCUGCAUCCCAUCUGCCGUGAUGAGCUUCUUGUCUGCAGCCCUUACAGUCUGAAGGUCAGGAAGGAAGGUAAAGAGGAUUUUCAGAUGCUCCUCAGCCAUGAUCAUUAUGACAUUGGUGAAAAUCCACCUGAUCCUAAAGACUCCAAAGGCAGGAAUGCUUCAAAACUACAAAGGAAGACAAAGCUGCACACAGCAGCCGAAACCAAGAACCUAAGGAAGACAUUUGUCAUCCACAGACCGACAUGUCAGGACAAAAGCAAUAACACAAGGACAUCGGUUGUUAAUGAUGAGAUGGAUCAUCAGGAUGUCAGCUUUCUGAUAAUGGAUGUGGAUCCACCAUCGCUGCUUGCAGAGCUCAGCACUCUGGACCCAGAAUCCAAUUCUGCACCCAACUCUCCAAAAAGGAGCCCAUCAUGCAGGCUGGUGGUGACUGAGGGGUCAACUAGAGCCUCACCAGCAGGAAGAACUCUAACAACUGUUACCAACACAUUUCCAAACCCAUAUGGUGAAAAUAAAGGAAGAAGCAGGAGAAAGAACUGUGUGGUCUCCUAUAAGGAGCCACCACUGAACAGGAAAAUUAGGCGUGGAGAUGAUUUCACAGACACCACAUUUCUGAGUUCUCCGGUGUUUAAAGGCAGGAGGAAGAAGACGAAGAAGACGAAGAAGACGAAGAAGACGAAGGAGUAGAAGAAAACAGUGGGGUGGGCUGUGGACAGACAACAACAAAUACUUUUUCCUUGUGAUAAAUCCAGUGUUCUAGUUUCCUACAGAGAAUGCUAGUUCAGAAUUUGUUCAAAUUUGUGGUGUUAAGACUUUAGAUUUUUUACAUCAUUGUCAUUGGGGACGUAUCAGCUGUUUGCUCCUGAUGGGAGGCCAGCUGUAAAUAAUUGAGUGGAAGCUGAUAACCCGAUACUCCCUGUGAUGUUCAGCUGCACAGAAUAAAGUCUCAGUUAAGCCAACCAUGUUUAGGAUUUGCUGUGUGAGCAUGCUAAGUGAAGAUCUCCCAGCUCCACUUUUUGGUCCAUCAGCUUGUGUUGUGAGUAUAAAUCUUAACAUAUUAGAUCUGUUGAAGCUUGUAUAGUUUUUUUUUUCUAUUCAGGGAUUCCUUCAAAAUUAUUUUC